GCGCGGCCCGGGCCGGAAGUCCGCGAGUUCCCGGGUGUGAGUCCGUGCCUGUCUGUGUUUCGCCACGGCGCGCGGCCCGGGAAAAGGGCUGGGGGUUCCCGGCCGAGGCGUCCCUCCUGUCUCUGCCGUCGCCCGACGGAGCCGCUUCUAGAGGAGCGCAGACCCGGCCCUUCGCAGGGCGGAGAAGAUGUUGCCCCUGUCCAUCAAGGACGAUGAAUACAAACCGCCCAAGUUCAAUCUGCUCAGCAAGAUCUCGGGCUGGUUUAGGUCCAUCCUGACAGACAAGACGUCCCGGAACCUGUUUUUCUUCCUGUGCCUAAACCUCUCUUUCGCUUUUGUGGAGCUCCUCUACGGCAUCUGGAGCAACUGCUUAGGCUUGAUUUCCGACUCUUUCCACAUGUUUUUUGAUAGCACUGCCAUUUUGGCUGGAUUGGCAGCUUCUGUUAUUUCAAAAUGGAGAGAUAAUGAUGCCUUCUCUUAUGGGUAUGUUAGAGCGGAAGUUCUGGCUGGCUUUGUCAAUGGCCUAUUUUUGAUCUUCACUGCUUUUUUUAUUUUCUCAGAAGGAGUUGAGAGAGCAUUAGCGCCUCCAGAUGUCCACCAUGAGAGACUGCUGCUUGUUUCCAUUCUUGGGUUUGUGGUAAACCUCAUAGGAAUAUUUGUUUUCAAGCACGGAGGUCAUGGACAUUCUCAUGGCUCUGGCCAUGGACACAGUCACUCCCUCUUCAAUGGUGCUCUAGACCAGGUGCACGGCCAUGUAGAUCACUGCCAUGGUCAUGAAGUGAAACACGGUGCUGCACACAGCCAUGAUCACACUCACGGACAUGGACACUUUCAUGCUCAUGAUGGUCCUUCCUUAAAAGAAACAACAGGACCCAGCAGACAGAUUUUACAAGGUGUAUUUUUACACAUUUUAGCAGAUACACUUGGGAGUGUUGGUGUAAUUGCUUCUGCCAUCAUGAUGCAGAAUUUUGGUCUGAUGAUAGCAGAUCCUAUCUGCUCGAUUCUCAUAGCCAUGCUUAUAGUUAUAAGUGUUAUUCCUCUUUUAAGAGAAUCUGUUGGAAUACUAAUGCAGAGAACACCUCCCCUGCUGGAAAACACUCUGCCUCAGUGCUAUCAGAGGGUGCAGCAGCUGCAAGGGGUCUACAGCCUCCAAGAACAGCACUUCUGGACCUUGUGUUCUGAUGUCUACGUGGGAACUUUGAAAUUAGUAGUAGCGCCUGAUGCUGAUGCUAGGUGGAUUUUAAGCCAAACACAUAAUAUUUUUACUCAGGCUGGAGUAAGACAGCUUUAUGUACAGAUUGACUUUGCGGCCAUGUAGUGAAUGAAAAGAAAUAAUGCUUUUUUGGACCAAAUUUUUCUGGUACUGUACAAUCCAAAACAUUGUACCCAGUUUUUUAAAACAGAGAAGUCAUCGCCACAACUCCCAGCACCAAGCAGGCCAGGUAGAGUCAGUGUCUGCCCUGAGGAAUCCAUGGCCAGGGGAUUGGAACUAAGGUCUCCUGGACGUUGGUCUUGUGUGUGCUUCCCUCCAAACUGCCUUGAUUUCUGAGGUUACUGGUCUUCCUCUGAGUGUUGGUCUGUCCCUCCUUUGUGUUGUGUGUCUGUUUUCAUGCCGAAUACCCUCGCCCCGUCCUCUCAUCCGGCCUAUGAGAAUUCAGACUCUGAGUCUCCAGUCCUCUGGAGUGUCUUCCGUGAAGCUGCUGGGAGCCACUGCUUUCAUUCCCACAAAACCAGUGUUAUUGUUAUUAUUUUUUUUCAAAGAAAUGCAAAUCUGUUUUAUGCGUAAUGUCACAAUUGCUGACAUUCCUCAGUAUAACCAUAUGUUUGUAAAAUUGUUUGUACCUUACAAACUUAUGAACCAAACCAUAUUGGGUUUUCAAAGUGCCUUUGUAUCAGAAAAUGUAUUUGCCAGCAUAGAAAUGUACCAUCAAAGGUCAUGUGUAUGUGUUUAAAAUGGAUAUUCUGUAAUCUGUACAAAGUAGGACUCUUGCUAGUAAAGUCUACAGCUUGUCUUUUUGUGUACUUCCUAUGUACUUUGUGCAUAGGAUUAGGGAUAUGAAAACCUUCUUUUUCUUGUAUUUAUCUCAUCAAAAAACAAAAGGUGUUAAUCUGCUUCUUAAAACAAAUUUAACUAUCACAUUAAAUUAUGGGCUGUGUUUUCAAAA